GCCCGGCAGCGCGUCUCGCGCGUCGGCACUUCUGGAGCCGGCAGGUAACGCCCCCGCCCCGCCCCGCCAGUUGUUGUGUUGUCAUCACGUGGCCUGGGCGGGCCCUGACGUGAGAGCAGGGGCGGGACCGCGCAGGCGCAGAAAAGGGGGCGGGGGACUCGGCUUGUUGUGUUGCUGCCGGAGAACCGGAGACGGUCUUGCUGCGGCCGCAGCUGUUCCAGUCACCCGACAUGUCCCACUUAGUGGAGCCGCCACCGCCCCUGCACAAUAACAACAAUAACUGCGAGGAAGGGGAGCAGCCUUUGCCCCCACCAGCCGGCCUCAACAGUUCCUGGGUGGAGCUUCCCAUGAACAGCAGCAAUGGCAAUGAUAAUGGCAAUGGGAAGAAUGGGGGGCUGGAACACGUACCUUCCUCAUCCUCCAUCCACAAUGGAGACAUGGAGAAGAUUCUUUUGGAUGCACAGCACGAAUCAGGACAGAGUAGUUCAAGAGGCAGUUCUCACUGUGACAGCCCUUCCCCACAAGAAGAUGGACAGAUCAUGUUUGACGUGGAAAUGCACACCAGCAGGGACCACAGCUCCCAGUCAGAAGAAGAAGUUGUAGAAGGAGAGAAGGAAGUUGAGGCUCUGAAGAAAAGUGCAGCCUGGGUAUCGGACUGGUCCAGCAGACCUGAAAACAUUCCCCCCAAGGAGUUCCACUUCAGGCACCCUAAGCGUUCUGUGUCUCUAAGCAUGAGGAAAAGUGGAGCCAUGAAGAAAGGGGGCAUUUUCUCUGCGGAGUUCCUGAAGGUGUUCAUUCCAUCCCUCUUCCUCUCUCACGUUCUGGCUUUGGGGCUGGGCAUCUAUAUUGGAAAACGACUGAGCAGCCCUUCUGCCAGCACCUACUGAGGGAGAGAAAAGUCCUGGAAAUGCGUGUGACCUGUGAAGUGGUGUAUUGUCACAGUAGUUUAUUUGAACUUGAGACCAUUGUAAGCAUGACCCAACCUACCACCCUAUUUUUACAUAUCCAAUUCCAGUAACUCUCAGAUCCAGUAUUUUAUUCAAACUCUGUUGAAGCAUUUUACUAACCUUAUUCCCUUUUUGGCCUAUAAGACACUUUAGAAUUUCCUAACAGAGUUUACUGUUGUUUAGAAAUUUGCAAGGGCUUCUUUUCUGUAAAUGCCACCAGCAAAUUAUAAUUUUGUCAGUGAUGCUAUUAUCUCCAGUUAGUGUCCCCAGACUGAGACCUAUAUCAUUCAUGGUAUAAAUAUCUUCCCCUUAAAAUGAGAUCAGGUUAGCAAAUCGUAUAAAAAAAGCUUUGUUGUUGUUUUGUUUUGUUUUGUUUUUUUUAAAGACAAAGGCAAGCUUCUCUAAGCUUGAAUUUAUAGUUAUUGAAAAGAAAACAAAAACAAAAAAAGCAAAACAUAAGAAAAAAAUCCUGGGCAAUAAAAAAAUUACUUUAAACCAGCUGUGGAGCCACUUUUUUGUCUAAGCCUCCUAGUGAUAGCGCCUUUUCAUUUAUAGGAGGCAAGCUAUAUAAACGAUAGGUAGGAGAUAGGAUAAGAACUAGGAUAUAUCAGCAGAGUUUAAUACUAGUCGUCGCAAUGCUGUCUUUUCUAUGGUGUAGAAUCUUUUAUUUCUGAUAAGGAACGUCUCAGGCCUAGAAAUAUGAAAUUGCUUUUGAGAUUUGUGUGUGUGUUUAGUAUUUUUAUGUUUAUUAGCUGCACAUGAAUUUUUCAUGACUUUCUCUAAAAAUGUUUUUAUUUCUCCUUUUUUUUCUUUAUAGAAUAGGCUUUGGAAUGUGUUCCAAUUUGUAGUGUUAAUACAGGCUUCUUGUUUUAGGAAGCAUCACUUAACACUCUGAAGCCUUUAAACUCUAGAGAUGACUGUUUCAGAGUUAUUCCAGGCACUUGUGCAACUUUGAAAAACAGACUUGGGUUGUGGGAACAUUUGACAAGGUUCCGAAAAGAUGCCAUUUGUUUCCUUCUGAUCCCUCCCUCAGUAACGUUUACUCUGUAGUCUUCCCCUGGUGAUUCCUGUGAUCCUGCAGGCACUGUUGAUUUUCUUAUGUAGCCAUCUUUUCAGUUUUGUUAAGUUCUUGAAAUUCCAGAACACUCUACAGAUUCCUUCAGUCGUAUACUACUUUGUUCAUUUUUAAAAUGUGAAGCUUUAGGACCAAAUUGUUAGAAAGUACUAGGGUUACCAGUUAUCUCAAGUAGAUCUUAUUGGAUUUCAGAGCACACAGCAUAACUCUGGAGGAUACUACUAUAUGUUUUAUAUAUAAAUACUGUUUUAUGAUGCAGACAUUGCUGUUGAGUAUUUAGGAAGGCAUUGUUAAUUUUAAAACUAGCAAUCUAUGAAGUGCACCAUUGGCUUGAAUACAGACACUAUGACGACCAGGUUUGCCAGUUUGCAGAAACGAUUUAACUCUUACUUCUGACAUCAAGGUUUAUAAAAUUAAUGUGUUAUGGUGGGAAGUAGCAUACAGAAUAAACAAAAAGCGUUUCUAUCUUUUUUCAAGAAUAUAGCCAGCUAUCUUUAAAAAAGAUGAUAUAUCAAAACUAGUUCACUGAGUUUCAUUUUUCACUCUAGCACUUGAUGUCGUAAUGGUUUCGGAUAGCUUUUUAUUACACUUGUUUCUGUCUUACUCUUGAACCUGGUAACACUUGAUUUGCCUUUGAUAACCUAUUUAUUUCAAGUGUUCAUAUUUGCAUUUCUUUGGGAAGAAAUGAAUCUGAUGGCCCACUGAUUUUGAAAAACAUGAGUAAAAUUGGAAAGGCUAGUGAAGUUAAGAGAACCAAAUAGGUAAACUUCUACAGUAUGUAAUUUGUAUUGCAAUUGGUAUUAUGGGAAAGAAAAGUAAAACUAGGCUUUAAAAGCAACUUUUUACAAGCGGCACAUUGCACUCUUUCCAAAUUCACUAGCAGUUCUGUCAGUAGUGCAGUUGAACUUGGGCAUAUUUAUUUCUUUCAACAUUGAAAAUAAGUUUGGUUUUUGCCUUUUUCUUAAAGUAUCUGUGAAAUUAUGGAAUAUUCCUUAAAACCUGACUGUAUCAUCCCAGUGGAACUCACCAGAAGAUGAGGUCGUGCAGGGUUUAUCGAUAGCCCUAACAUAGGGGAUGAAUGUUUUUGCUCCUAAUUAACUUUGUGUUGCAGAGAAACAGAUUGUAUGAGUGGAAAGGAGAAUUCAACAAGUAACAGUUGAAAUUUUAAGAUUAAUGUUUAAAAAGCUUUACACCUGUUUACAAUUGGGGGACAAAAAGGUAGGCUUCAUUUUUCAUAUGUUUCAUGAAAACUAGCUUAGUAUAUUUGUAAAUAGAAUCAAAAGCAGAACUGCACAAACUUGCACAUUGAAAAGUGCAACAAGAUCCCUUGAUUUGCAGUAAAAAUAUUUACUAUUCUAAAAAAUGAAAAUCGAAGACUUAGCCAGACAGAUAAAUUUUUAAAUGAACCAGUUGUAGAAAUUAUCGGAAUUAACUGAGCCAAAGUGAUUAUGCAUUCUUCAUCUAUCUAGUUAGCACUUUGUAUCAUUAUAUACAGUUUACAAUACAUGUAUAACUUGUAGCUAUAAACAUUUUGUGCCAUUAAAGCUCUCACAAAACUUU